AUGUUCAUUGGCGGGUUGAACUGGGAAACGACGGAUCAAUCUCUUCGUGAUUACUUCUCGCAGUUUGGCGAGGUCCAGGAAUGCACUGUCAUGCGUGACAGUGCUACUGGUCGCUCUCGUGGCUUUGGUUUCUUGACUUUCCGGGACCCCAAGACUGUCAACACGGUUAUGGUGAAGGAGCACUAUUUGGAUGGCAAAAUUAUUGAUCCCAAACGUGCUAUUCCCCGAGACGAGCAGGAGAAGACUAGCAAGAUCUUCGUCGGCGGUGUCAGUCAAGAGGCCACUGAGCAAGACUUCAAGCAAUUCUUCAUGCAAUUCGGCCGGGUUGUCGAUGCCACCCUGAUGAUUGACAAGGACACUGGUCGCCCCCGUGGAUUCGGUUUCGUGACAUUUGACAGUGAGGCGGCCGUCGAGAAUGCCCUCUCUCGUCCUCUUGAAAUUCUGGGCAAGCCUAUCGAGGUGAAGAAAGCUCAGCCUCGUGGUAACCUCCGGGACGAGGAUCGUGGCGGCCGACGUGGCCGCGAUGGCGGCUUCCAGAACAUGAACCAGGGAGAUGCGUCUCAGCAACAGGGUGGACAGCAGGGGAUGGCCGGGGGUAUGACACCCCAAAUGAUGGCUCAGUACUGGCAACGGAUGCAGCAAUACUUUGCCAUGAUGCAGCAACAAAUGAACAUGGCUGGCCAGGGCAUGGGCGGCGGUAUGGGCAUGGGUGGUAUGAACCCUGCCAUGAUGCAACAGAUGCAGCAAAUGCAACAGAUGCAACGACAACAGAUGGGUGGAAACCAGCCGCAGGCUGGUAGCAUGAGUCCGAGCCCGCAAAGCCCUGGAUCGCAGCAGCAGAACCUGCCCAACAUGAUGAACCCGGCUAUGAUGCAGGGACAGGGCAGUGGAAACGGCGGUGCCAGUCCCAACCCCCAGUCUCAGGGUAUGAAUGCCAACUACAACCGCCAGGCGGGUGCCGGAGCUGCUGGCGGACCCGGAUACAAUGCCCAGGAGCAGAUUGCCUUCGAGCAGCAGAAAUACGAACAGCAACAGGCUCGCCGGGUCAUGGAAAACCGCUCUUUCUCUCCGUAUCAGCAGGGUGGUGGCCCGACCUCCUGGGAGGGCAUGUAUGAUGAAGUUCCUCAGCCCAACAUUCCUACUGGACCCCAGGGGAUGAGCCGUGGUGGCAGCAUGGGUCGUGGUAAGUCCCGCUCCCGAAGUCAAAAUAAUUCCGCGCAACUCACCAACUCGUCUUCAGGUGCUACUCCGCAGCCUCAAAGCUCGGCUCCAGCCAAUGCUCCGACUGGACCUCGCAAUGCUGGCAAGCCUGGUGCGAACUACCGAGGUGGCGGCCGUGGCGGUCACCGUGGCUUCCACCCCUAUUCCCGCUGA